AUGGAAGAAUUGUGGGAAGGAUGUAAAAUUUUGGAACAAUUGUUUACCUGUCUGGGGCACCAUGUAAUAAUAAAUAAAGAUCUACCCAACCAAAUAUGCCAUAAUUGUGUCGCAAAAAUAGAAGAUAUAUAUAAAUAUCAACAAUUUAUAAGACAAAAUGAGAUAAAAUUACAACAAGAAUUAAAUAAUAUUAUAAUUCAUUGUGAAAUUGUUAAUGUCAACGAAAUAAAAAUAGAAGAUCAAAUAUUAGAUGAAGAAGCAUCUAUAGAUCAAGUGAAGAAUGUUAAAAUUAAAUCAGAAAAUACAAAAGAAAAUGUAAAAAAUAUACCAGAAUUACAUGAAGAAGUAAUAGAGAAAAAUAAAAUUGAAUUAUGUCCAGUCAAAACAGAAAUAGAAAACAAAAUAGUAGACAAAGAUAUUAAUAAAAUAACAUCAAAUGUAAUAAAACUAGAUGAAACAAAGAGAUUUUCAUGUUUAACAUGUUUCGAAGUGUUUCCAAAUCAAUUGGAACUUUUGAGGCACUACCAGAAUGUUGAAUUAGAGAAAUAUAACAAGAACAAUACAGACAUUGAAAGUAAACCUGUGAAAUAUAAUACAUUCACAGAUGAUAACGGAUUAUAUUACAAAUGUAAAACUUAUCAAACAGCAUCAAUAAUAGUAUCCCAUGGUAAGAUACACACAGGAGACAUAUAUGCAUGUUCAUACAACUGUGGCUACCAGUCUGUACACAAACAUGUUGUGAAAAAUCAUGAGAAGGGACACAAAGGAGAAUUUAAGUAUAAAUGUGAGACAUGCGGAAAGGGAUUCCAAGUGAGGUCAUGGUACCAGCAGCAUCAGAACAUUCAUGAUGGAGUCAAGCCCUUCAAGUGUCAUAUCUGCGGCAUGAGCUUCCAUUUGCAUCGAUAUCUAACAACACAUCGAAGCAACGUACAUCCGCAGUCAUCUGUUCGUAAGCCGUGGGUUUGCAAGCAAUGUGAAUAUCCCUGUGACUCCAAGAAUAGUUUAAAUUUGCAUUUAAAGGAUAAGCACGGACUGGUUAUAAAGAAAUCAAAUUUAUGCGAUGUUUGUGGCAAAGUCUUGAAGGAUUCCCAACAGUUGAAAGUUCACAAGAGAGCCGUUCACUUGAAUAUAAAGCCGUAUGUCUGUGGUACAUGUAACAAGUCGUUCCCAAAAAAAUAUACUCUCAAGAACCACGAACAGACACACAAAGGGAAGACGUUUUUAUGUUCCAUGUGUGACAAGAUGUUCGCUAAGGACGCUAGUCUACAGAAACAUAUACAAAGGUGUCAUAUAACAAGCAAGUACAGAUGUCAUGAAUGUGAUAAAUCAUUCUCAUCGAAGAUGACGUUGACAGUUCACGUGAAGAACUGCAACCGAAAGGAAGAUGGCUCCACUACAUAG